ACUGUAGCAGUACAAAAAACCUAUAACUCUCAUAGUUGUGUAAUAUUAAAAAUAACGAAGAAUUUCAUUGGCUUUGACCAAAGUUAAGGAAAAGAGCAGAAAACCAAGUUAAAUACCAAAAGGAAUACAUACUGUUUGUGUCCAGAAAGGUUCAUGUGGUAUUUUCCUUCAGGAUAAGGCCAUGACUCAGCAGAAUAGCAUUAUUCAGGGCAGGGUGGAGAGAGCACCUUCUCUCAUAUCUAUCUCUCAUAUCUAUCUCUCAUAUCUAUCUCUCAUAUCUAUCUCUCUAUCUCUCAUAUCUAUCUAUCUCUCAUAUCUCAUAUCUCUCAUAUCUAUCUCUCAUAUCUAUCCCACCUUGAUGGGAUGGGUGGAUGUAGGGCUUUUAAAGCCCUGUUUCUUUGACAGGAAUAAAACAAGUGCAACAACCUUACUGGCUCAUCAAGAGAGAACUUCAGCACCCAAGGUCACUCAGGCACUAUCAGAACCACAAUCUCACAGCACCACUAUCUCAAGGUGUCCAUGCAGAGACUUAACAAGAACUCCACCUUCAAAUCCUUUAUUCCCCUGGCUUUUUCAACUUGAUUGUUUUAGGACUCUGUGCCUCAAAAUAGCACCCAGAAACUGUUUUUAAACAUGGCCUUAAAUCCCUUUGUUAAUAUGUGAAGUUGUCAGGGGAAUGGUCUGUUGCUAAACUAGUUCUGUCUCCUGUCUUCCUUGAAUUUUUUAAAAACUGAUUUGAAAUGUCAGGUGUGAAAUACCUCUUCAGACAAGUCAGACACAGGCAACACAAACACAGGCAAUACACUCCCUGCUUUCCACACAAGCUCCAGUCUGCAGGUGUCCUUGCAGGGACCCUGAAAGACCAUCCAGCAUGGCUGGACCCACAGUUUGUCAUGUUUUUGAAGGCAGAUUUUGAAAAUGAAGCCUCUCAUACCAUGUUUUUUAAUAUAAGCAUCUCUGAGUAUGAAAAUACAAAUUCCGAACUGCACAUAUAGAUUAUUUACAUAUUCUCAUGGUUUUAAUUGCCCUUUUGAAUAUGUCUCAAGAGUUUGUAAAAAUAAGCAGCUUCAUGAGGAAAAACUAUCAUACUGGUAAUUCCUCAGAACUAGAAGCAAGACUUUCAAAACCCAUUCAAGUGUGAACGUGUUGGAAUUUUGCUUGGUUGCUAAAUAGGUAUUGAAGAGAACUCUACCUUAAACCCCCAGAACAUAACGAGAUUUUUAAAUCAUAGCUUUGCCUUGUUUCAUAGAUACUACACUAAAGAAAUGAUGUGACUGUUUUAUUCUACUACAAAAACUCUACCCAUGCCAGAUUAUCAUUUUCUGUUACCCAACAUCAGCAACUUGCUGUUUUCCCUUGACUACCCAUGACAGAGCAUCCUGAUUCCCAUGUGUUCCACCUGCCUUCCAAUUACAGCAUCUUCCAGUCUGUAAAUUGAGCCCAUGAAAUAGUUCCAGCUUCUUUUCACAAGGCAACAUAAAAACAUGCAGCAGCAUUCUUCCAUUCCUACCAAGAAACUGAGAAAACAAUUCAGGAUUUCUGGAUGUCACGUUGAGGUUUUGUUGCUGAAUGGACAGAGUGUGUUCCGUCCAUGAUAACUGACCAUAAUUUUCCCUAGAAAAACAUUUGGACUAAAUGAUUAAAUAAUGUGAUUAUAUAUUCAAAAAACAAGCAUUGCUACCACCUUUCCAAAAGCAAAACCACAGGAGAGUCUGCAGUAAAGCUCAGUACUUCCAGUGCAUUUGCCAACUACUGCUAAAAUAUAUCAGCAUUACUUCUUACUCCACUGGCAGAGCAGAGCAUCUCAUUUUCUGUGCUUCAGUUGUUGUGUAAAUAUGAGGGAGAGUCAGAUACUCAGCAGUCAAAUUAAGGUGUGUUCUAAUGUCCUGUGAACUGGCAGGGAAUUGGGGCAUCCUUAUCAUUUCCAGUUUCCAGGUAACUUCACCCUGUCCAUUAACAAGUCAUUUAAACCCAGCUGUGUUCUUUCUCCCUACCUCUUUAAUUUCAAGCCAGAAAGGUGCUGUUCUCUUCCAGGCCAGAAAACUGCCUUUCAGCAGCUCAGAAGAGAGAACCUCCUAAGACUUCUUCACCCUGAGAAAUUCAUCCUGGCACAUUAUAUUACAUCAGGAGUUCUAAGGGCUUUUCUCCUGGGACUACAAAUCCUUGGUUGGCCAGGCCUAACUCUUCCAUUUUAGGAGAGCUCUAAGCACUCAUCCUACUCCACAAAUUUAAUGUAAAUCGGUAUGGUAAAAAUUCCACAGUGUUAACCUGCUUGAAUUUAGAAAAGCAGAUGCACUUGGAAGGCUUCUUUACCUUUAAAAAUAUGGUUUCUCAGUGAGUGAGCUCUCCAGAUUUUUUUUUAGCCCUGAAUGUUUUUUUUCCUGUACUAGAUUUAUUUCAACAUACCUAUAUAAGCACAUGUUCAGAUAUAUAACAGAGAGAGAUAUUUUAGCAAUUAAAAUUGUUUUAUACCUCAAAUGUCUGGAUUUGGUAAAAAUAAAAUGAAGCUUCAAAAGUAGCACAGAACAUCACAACCUCUUGAGUAUUCACUGCUUCCUUCCUCAGCUGGAGGUGGGCAGAUGCUCUUCCAAAGCCAGUGUUAUCUGGAAAUCCCUCCUUAGUGAAAGGCCAGUGGAAUGCAACCUGAGUUUUGGACUCAAAAAGGAGAUCAAAGCCAGGCCUGGUUCCUCAAAGGGAAAAAGGUGAGGAGCUGGCUGUGCGUGAGAGGAAUUGCUGACUCUGAUCAGGCUUUGAGACACUGGGAAAAACUGAAAUUGAAGAAAACCAGCAUGACAUACUCAAGCUAAUUUUCUUCAGAGGCCAUUAAAAUUCCUUCAGAACAUCCUUAAGAAGAGACUCCUUGAUUUUUUGUGACCUUUUGAAUAGAAAACCAUACCCAGCCUUUAGAAGUUUAUCAAGAGUCUCUGAACAGCUGUGCUUAAAAAAUACAUGAGACAAACAAAAAUCUGUCUUUAGACUAAGGACUGUGCAGGUCCAGUACAAAACCUUUAGCAAACCUGAAAAGCUUUUCAAAAGCUUAUUUGUCACGGAGACAAAAGCAACUACACUGUAACCAAGAACUGAGUAGGGAAAAAAUAAGGGUAUUUAGAUCCCAUCUGCUCUGUGGGCAUUAGGAACUACAGUCAUCUAAUAUUUUCUGUUGACUCCUACAAGAUGCAAAAAUCUUGCAAGCCAGUGGCAUCACCACAGCUAUUAAAAAAGACUGUUUUCUUAAAUUCCACUUGCAGCAUUCCUGCAAUUACUCGGAAAAAAAAAUGCUUUUAAGGACGACAGGAGUGAGAUCACAUCUUGGGGCACAUCUGUGAACGGUGGGAUUCAAAGAAGAGCAAAUGCAAGGGAACAGCCUGGUGCUCUGAUGAAGUAACCUGUGAGCAGCGAGGUUAGAAUGGAAAGUAUCCCCUCUGAGAUACUGCUAAGCUGCAAUUAAAAGCUGCUGGUUAGGAUGAUCCUCAUUUGCUUUAGUAUUGGUCAAAGCAGAAUGUGCUUUAAAGCAAUAAAUACCAACCCUGACAAAUAUUAACCUUUAUUAUUAGUGGCUAGUGAUAAUAAAAGGUUUAUUUAUACACUGUGCCGUUGCCAUUUCCUGAAUUAAAGUUGAAAAUUACUUUUUACGAUUUAAUUGGUAAAUAGCAUUUGAAAAGGUUCAAACUGCAGUGUUUAAAUAGGAGCAGCCUGCACAGUGUUUGCCUCUCUGGUCCCUUGGAAUUUGAACUCCUUAUCACUUCAUCUGUGUGAGAUCCUUAUCUCUCCAUCCCUAUUUGAGAGGGAAGGAGUCUUUUCCCACGGCUGUAAAAUGCCAUUUCUCUUGUCCUUGAAGAAAAUAACAUUGGAAUCCUUGAAAUCAAUGUUUAUUUUUUCCUUCAGUGGCUGAGGAAAAGAAGGAUUGCUGGUAGAAUUGCAACUCCUUUAAUAAGUUUACCAAGGCAUUCCAAAAAGAUUAACCCUUAAAAUUAGACCAUAAAUGAAAAUGCUUUCCUAUUUUAUAAGGAAACACAGACUAGUUAAGGUCAAGUCACUGCAGAGACUUUGGUCACCUCUUGAACAGGUGGGAACUCUCCAGAUCCACAUUCCAGGUUAACUAAAGAAGCCAACUGCUUAGGCAAAAACUCAAACACCAUAUUUUCAAUGUUGCCCCUAUUGUCUCUGAAGAUACAAAAGUGGAAUAAAGAUCUGAUGCAGAAAGAAAAGGCAAGCAAAACAUCUGCACAAAAAACCCAAAGAUCGUUACACCAAAUAAAAAAAAAAAUCCUAAGCAAAACUUUACUUAACACAGCAUUAAAGAUGACAUAUUCCAUUAUCUUUUCAUCAAAAUUACAUAUGUGUUUUUUCCUCUUUUUGUUGGCCUGGAAAUUCCAGGGUAGACUUAAUGUGAUGCUUCAUUUUGAGGUCAAAGUCAGCCCCAUAAUAUGACCCCCCCCUUCUUUUUUUCUUUUUUGACAUUAACUAUUUCAAUAGUCUCUGUGUGGCAUUUCAGGAAUGAUAAACAGAUUAUAAAUCUUCAUUUCAAAAUUAUCAGCUGUAGAGAACACAGAAGUACAUGACAUAAUAUCCAACCCCAAACGAGGGAGCUGAAGUUGAAGGAUAUGAAAACAUUAUCUUAUUUAACCCUAUGUCAGAAUUGCAAUGAAAAAUAUUGUCAAAGUCCUUGUAAAAGAUGCAAAAAAAGAAAUAAAUACCUGCCUUUUCAUAUGCUUGUACUAAGACUAUAAUUUUAACAUGUUUUAUUAUCUUUACCUGCAGGGGGGAAAAAAAAAAAGAACUUUUAUCUGACCAUUUUUCGUGUGGUAAUUUUUCAACAAGAAGUUAUUUAAGAUGGAAGAGCUUCUCUUGUAGCUUAACCCUAUUCUUGUGAGAAUUAAACAAAAAAAACCCCAAAGACGAGAAAAAGACAGUGACUAAAAAAUACACCUCUGGGUUUUUUUUCAGUCCUGGCUUUACUCUGCAGCCUCAGCCUUGGAGAAAGACAUUCCCAGUGCAGUCUGACUCAGCCACCCCAAAACACAGCAAACAUAAACAAGUGUUUCACAUGUUCUCAGAGUCCAUUUUUAGUCACAGAUUUACAUCAUCACUGCAGAGGGAAUUCCUGGUGAUCAAGCCUGUGUGCUUAAACAGGCUAAACAAAAAAAAAAAAGUGAGCAAAACAACUGUCAAACCGUGCUCGGGAUAGUUUUGUUUGGUCUUGUUUCCAGCCCUGUACUAUAACAAAUGUUAACAUCAGCGAUCAAUACCACAACAUCUCUUAGCUUUUAACACUUGAUGUUAAUUGAAAAGAGUCAGCUGCGGUUCCAGGGGGUGGAUCAGGACUUAGUGAUUUGAAUGUCACACAGCAAAGGAGCUGUCUGUACAACUACGUUGCUAAAAACAAAUGAUUAACACAAUUAAGGGGUGGUUUUGCAAAUAUUUUAGGGAUGAUUAGCUCGAAGAAGUUACCUUAUUCCAGAAUGCAGGAUAACAGCACUUUUUUUCCUGGAUAUACAACUGUAUAGAAAUAGAGAAUGGCAUUUUUCAUUAAAGCAAGGUUUUAAAAUAUUUACAGAAAUGGAAAAUAAUUGUAACUGCAAGCAAAGGGAACACAAGGUGCCCACUCAGCUGCCUCAGGUUAAUGAAAAACAUUUCUGCUCACACUUCUCUACUGUCUCAAGAUAAAAACGUCAACUAUUUUUAUAGGAUGCAACCAACAUCUGGACAGAUGGUUUUAAUACACCCAUAAAAGGACAAUUGCUUCAAGAUCGCCUUUCCAAAGCAUUUCUAAAUUAGCAACUGCUUGGUAUAAGGAUUAUCAAAAUAGACCCUCCAAAUGUUCACUCUCACUCUGUGACACACCAGGCACUGGAUAAACAUUCUCACAAACGGAACAAAGAUGGUUUUUCUUUUUUUUAAAGAUAAACUAAUUGGGCUGUGGGUUUACCUGGGGUUCCUAUCUCAAAGCUUUUUGUCCGAGAAUGGGUUUAAUGAUUGUCUUUUAUAACCUUUGUACUUAAUCUGCUGCUGCUUCUGCAGAUUCUGGCUUCAGACUCGGCCGUGCCUUGCUGUGUAACUGCCUGGGAAAUCUGAUGGGAGAAACAUCCUAAGACAAAGAUUCCUGGACCCGAGUAACAGCAAACAAAUAUAAAUAAAUAAGGACAAAACACUGAGUGCAAAGAGCUGCUAAUUAGAGAAUUACAGCAGCCCACACUUGGUUUAGCAGAUCCUUGCAUCUCCAAGGAACCGAGACAAGGCCUAAUUUAAUGAAGAUCAGAAAGAAGAGCUCCUAGAUAAGAAGCACACCAGCUUUUGGGAGAAAGAUAAAAUCUGACUGGACCGCUGGAGGAAUUCAAGGAAGGACUGGCUAUAAAAGCGAGAUCAUUCCAGUGAGGAUCAUUCCUGGAAACUGGAUGUAACCUGACACAGAUAUUCCCUGCCAGAUUUCAACAAGAAAAACCAAAUGGGUGAAGAAGGCUUGAGGAAAAGAAAAGGAGAGGACAAAGGGGACAAACAAUCCAUUCAGAGUCAUGAACCCCAAAGGACGAACCUACAAAAACAGGUGGGCCUCAUCAGCGGGAUCUGUAUGAUUGUGGGGACAAUUAUCGGGUCAGGUAUCUUUGUUUCUCCCAAAUCAGUCCUUGCCAAUGUUGACGCUGUGGGUCCUUGUUUGACCGUCUGGGCAGCCUGUGGAGUUCUGGCAACAUUAGGUGCACUUUGCUAUGCGGAGCUCGGAACCAUGAUCACAAAAUCUGGAGGGGAAUAUCCUUACCUUAUGGAGGCAUUUGGCCCCAUUCCAGCAUUCCUGUUUUCCUGGACGAGUUUACUGGUCACCAAACCCAGCUCCUUUGCCAUCAUUUGUCUCAGCUUUGCAGAAUAUGCCUCAACUCCUUUUUACCCAGGCUGUGAUCCGCCCCAGGCUGUCGUCAAGUGUCUUGCAGCAGCAGCCAUUGUGGUGAUUACAAUUGUGAAUUCACUGAGUGUGAAGCUGGGAAGUUACCUCCAGAAUUUUCUCACGGCUGCUAAAAUGAUCAUUGUCACAAUCAUUAUUGUAAGUGGCAUUGUUCUCCUUGCACAAGGAAAAACUGAAAACUUCAAAGAUUCUUUCAAGGACAGUAAAAUUUCUGUCAGCUCUAUCAGUCUGGCAUUUUACAAUGGACUCUGGGCAUAUGAUGGAUGGAAUCAACUCAAUUACAUCACAGAAGAACUUCAAAAUCCUUACAGAAAUCUACCGCUCUCUAUAAUUAUUGGGAUCCCCUUGGUGACAGUUUGUUACGUUCUGAUCAACAUUUCCUAUUUCACCGUCAUGACUUCAACAGAACUGCUGCAGUCCCAGGCAGUUGCUGUGACAUUUGGAGACAGAGUCCUUUAUCCAGCCUCGUGGAUAGUUCCUCUCUUUGUGGCAUUUUCUACAAUUGGAUCUGCCAAUGGGACCUGUUUUACUGCAGGCAGACUUGUUUAUGUUGCAGGCCGUGAGGGGCACACGCUGAAGGUGUUGUCUUACAUCAGUGUGAAACGUUUAACACCAGCCCCUGCCAUCAUGUUUUAUGGGGCCAUUGCUAUUAUUUAUAUCAUUCCCGGGGACAUUAACACGCUCAUCAAUUAUUUUAGCUUUGCAGUCUGGAUAUUUUAUGGUUUAACAGUGUUUGCACUCAUUGUCAUGAGGUUUACAAGGAAGGAACUUGAAAGGCCUAUCAGGGUGCCCAUCAUCAUUCCUGUCAUAGUGACUCUGGUCUCCAUUGUCCUGGUGUUGGCACCAAUCAUCAGUGCACCUGAACUGGCCUAUUUGUACUGUAUUUUAUUUAUACUCAGUGGACUCAUAGUUUAUGCACUUUUUGUUCAUUUUAAAUUCAGCUGGGCCCAGAAAAUAUCAAAUCCCAUCACUAUGCACCUCCAGAUGCUUUUGGAAGUUGUUCCACCAGAGGAAGUUGCCACAUGAAAUAUUUUCUUCCUACCAGGUUGCUUUUAAGUGCUGUACUGGUUGAAGUAGAUUUGAUUUAGUUUGGCAGAUAUAUAUAUAUAUAUAUAUAUAUAUGUAUAUAUACUUGCUAAGUUGUUAUGUUCAUACUGGUGUGUUAUUUUUGCAACCCUUUAGUACUUGAAAACAUUAAAUAUAUAUAAUAAAAAAAGAUUUCUAAGACAGGUUACAGUGUCCAGCAAA